CUUGAUUUCCCAGAAAGAAAACCCUCGUUUAGGAAACUCCCUCCCUCUCUCUAAACAAGCAGUCCAGUCGUGGAAGCACUGGUGAAACAAGUACAAACACAAAUAGGAAGGAGAGAGAGAGAGAGAGAGAGAGAGAGAGAGAGAGAGAGAGAGAGAGAGAGAGAGUUUGCAAGCGUUGAUCGAAUGGCAGAGAAGGUUAGAUUGGCCAUAAAUCCAUCGAUUCCUUCUGGCGAACAGACCGUUUGGGCCGAUAUUUCUUUACUACUUGAUUCCGCCUGCAAAGAUCUUCGAGAUGGCGAGCUUAUACAUGGAGAGAAUUUUAAUCUUUUUGCCGCCAUGUCUGCCUUGGAGAUUAUGGACCCAAAGAUGGAUUCAGGUAUUGUUCGUAGAUAUUAUUCUGUUGACGAGGCAAUUGAUAGUGGUGCUGCCCCAGUCCCUUUAAGUUCGGAUAGAACUGUAGAUGUCCAAUGUGUUAUUGACAUCAUGGACCAUCUUCUAGCAUGUGAGGCAACGUGGCACAAGGGUCAUUCAUUGGCUCAAACAGUUUUUUCUUGCAUCUAUCUUCUUAAGCCUGAUAGAACAUCACCGCAUGCAUUGUUGCAUUCUUAUUGCAGAGUCAUACGUGCAACCUGCAAUUCGGUUGUUUCAGUCGUAUCUGAUGCGCGUACAAAUGAAGUAAAUUCUUAUGUUUUCUCUUGGCAGGAAGAAGAUCUUUUCACGAUGACAUAUGGCCUACCUUUGAAAGGGGAUGGAGAUGAAAAAUGCUUAUCAAUGCUACACGCAGUUGAGGAAACAAUUUCUCGCCAAUUGCGAGCGUGUAAAGCUCCACCAUCGAAAAAGAGAGUAGUAGAAGAUAUAGAGCCAUUGCAAAUGAAUCCUGAUCUGGAAGAAGAGUUCUGUAAAGCUUUGCUGUGUCGAAUACGCUUUCGUAAGCAUUUCUACCAUGCUCUUACGGCUAUGAAGCGACCUCAAGGCAGAGGUUUAGAGCUAGCUAGGAAACAUAUAGACUCUUGCUUAUCAGAGCUAGAUUCCAUUCUAAAAUCGUCAGAAUUCCUAUGCUCCAAUGCAUGUGGAACUUGUGAAGAUGGACUAGAAGAUAGAACCACAGCUUCUGGUUGUCAACCUAUUGGGUUUGAUGCAAGUUUGAACUGUAGAUUGUCUGCUCCUACUCCACCUCGUGCAAUUAAAAUUCUCAGCUGGAUAAAGGCUGUUGAGUAUUUCCAAAAACUUCUUCAUGAUCUAGAUAUUUUAUGUUCCUACUCUUUGGACCCGUUACUCGAAGGUGUUUUACGCUUUGUGGUUGAGUUCCAAAAAUUUCAACCCGACUUGGUCGCAAGAGCUCAUCUCCAGGUUCUUCUCAUUCAUGAUGGGAAACUCUAUGGACGGGAUCCUAUCUUUACGGUGAUUUCUAAAGCUGCAGCAUUGCCCGAGUUUCCAAAGGACCACGAGAUUCAGAAGAAUGAAGUUCUUGCGCAACUAGGGCAGUUAGUGAUCAGCUUGCUCAAAAUUCUUUGUACGAAUGCUGCAUGGCAGAGGCGUAAGCUUGGGAAAAUUUUACAAGAUUGGCGAGUCAGUUAUAUGCAGCUAGAACUGGCUUUUAAGAAGGAGUUUAGGGACAUCUCAAGCACUCUAAUUGAUGAGAGCUUAUGUGACAAGAUAUCUAAGCACAUUCUCGUCUGGGUAGAGGAGCAAACAUACUGGAUAGCGUCUCGUUUUCUUGUUUUGGGCUUCGAACUGGAGCUAUACUCACCCUCUGAAUAUUGCAUGGUAUACUGGUAUAUGUAUGUGGUCUUCAUCAAGCUUGUGGAGAAAACACAUCUCAAGAUGUUGACAAGCCAUGAAACUGGUAAACGGAAGGCGAAGAAGAAAAAAGAUUCUUCAAAGGAUCUUGCAAGGGAUUAUCAGAUUCCACCUGGAGUCUUGCUGCUUCAGUGCCAUAUAUAUCUUGCUGAAGCCCUCACGAUGAUGCUUGCUGCUCUGAGGAAUGAACAUAAGGUCUUCCCAAGUCUUGGUCCAUUUAAUACGGAGUAUGAGAGAUUCAAUCAGCACUUUGAGCUUCUACAGAAAGCUUCCAUUCCCGAUCCCAUAACAUUCUUCUCUUAUGAGGAAUCUACUAUGAACGCUCGUUUAUCUAAUCCGGUCAUGCAUAAUUGUUUUAAAGAUGCUCUGAGGAUUGCGAAGGAGCUCCGGAGUUGUUUUUCCCAUGACCCAGAGAGAGUGGCAGAACUGCGACGGAUUGAGCAGGUUGCGGAACACAAUGGAGUUGCGCUAAACCUCAUAUGCCGGUUAGGGACUCUAGAGCCAUCGUUAAAGGUCUACUUUGAAUUCAGCCACCAUCCUUACUUUGCUACUGUUGUCGUGAAGAGAUCUUAAAGUGAAAGACCUACAACAGAUUUGAAUGCCCUAGCUCUCACAAGCCCGUUAAGGACUGCUGCCGUGAUCUUGAAAAGUAGUCUUUCAUCUCUCUCGACCCCCAGUUUUGACACUAGAGGUUUCACAAAGGCACUUUUGUCUUCAGAUAUACUCAGUAUUUGUAUCAAUUUUGUUUUCCCAUUGUAUUUUCUUGAGUCAUUCUCUAGUGAUUACUCAAUCGAUUGAGUAUAAAGUUUUCAUGUAUAAAUAUCUGUUAUACUGGAAAUGUAUUAUAGACCGAGAAAUGCAGUAAGUUCGCCAAAUCUGGGGCCUUAAUUGGAAGGUUCCCAUGAGUCAAAAAAAAUUCUUGUUGGAGAGACUGGGAAACUGAACCCUUUUACCAUUUUCCCCCUCUAUGAAUAAUUCUUAUUGGUAGGAUGGUU